AAUGUGAACCUUUAUCUUUCCAGGAUUAUCAUAAGCUAUCUUCUUAUAACUUUUGUUCUGCAUCUUUUUCUGUUCUCUUCUUCUUUCUCUCUGUUAUUUUCUAUCAACUUUUCAAUUCUCACUUAGGAUCCUGCAAUCUACAAGGUCCCAGUAGCAGCAGCAGUGAUACCUGUGAGAGUGGCAAUCACAGAGGAUCUGUCAACAAAGACAGCUGAAGAACCUGAAUCACAGCAAGAGUAUGAAACUUACACAAAAGUGAUUGACUAUCAAGAGGAAGUGCAGCAACAACCGAUUCUUGCUCUGUUCUUUCACUAUAUUCUUCCUCUUCAUUUCAUCACUUUUCAUUCGCUUUCAUCUUUCUUUUUGUCAUGGAUUCUGGGAACACUUUUGUUUCUUCCUUGGUUGUUAAUUUUGCUCCAAAAAACAAAGCAGGUAGCAAUAACAAAAACUUGAAAGCCCAAAGUUCCGCGACAGAAGAUCCACUAGGUGCUGAUAGUAUUGUAACUGAUACAAGUAAAAUGAAGCGACCAACUGUCGUCUCCAGUGAUCCUCAUCAUUCUGAAAAACUUGUGAAGAAUUCCGAGCUAUGCGGUGUGCAAAGAAAACUAAAAAGUGGCACGAUACUGCAGUCCAAGUCUAGCUAUAAGUCAUUGGAGGAGUUUCACAAUGCUAGUGAACAACAUAAUCACCUUGAAACCAGUAUUCACCGUAGCAACAUGGAAACUGAAAGUUUUCGAAAAAUUGAUUCGUUUGAUGAAAGCAUAGUUCAGCAACUGCCAACAUCAUCAUCUAAUCAAGAGCAGUAUUCAAAGCAAAUAUUACAGGAUCAGAAGUUUUUAGAGCAGCAUGUUUUGAGCAACCAAUUUUCCAGUCAAAAUAUUGCUGAACAUGUUGAUUGUUACAGUACACAAAAAAUGACUAGUAGAACUUUCAAUACUGACGAAUCAUCUACUGCGAUUUGUCAAAUGGAUGAAAAAUCAGCAACAUCAAGUACCUCAAGAGAAUCUUACUCACAACAUGUUUCUGCUAAAAACAUGCAAGAACAUAUUAUUGUGGAAGAAACCCAAACUGCACAACUACCACAUACAGCAGUUCAUGAAUCAAUUUCAAAUAAAAAUAUGUCGAUAGAAACUUCAGAAUAUCUUGAGGAUAAGCUGAGUGUGAAGCAGAAAAGUCCUAAUGAAAAGCUUCUUUGCAGCAAAGGCAUUAUGACUGAAAAUUUGACGACUUCACAAUAUGCUGAUCAUCUCCACGAAGAAAAGCAUUGCAAGCUUUCUUCCGAUACUACUGGGAAUGAGACCUACAUAUUCCAGAAGUUACAGCAGGAAAAGGAAAUGCUCAAAGCUUCUUAUAUAAAUAUCAAUGAAGAAUAUCGCCAAUCACCUCAUGAUUUUGUAGAACAGGCAAGAGAUGAGCAGCUUCCGUGCAAUGUUGAACAGCUGCUUCCUUUAUCAUCUUCAUCUCCUGUUGUUUCAGCACCUAAUGACGCACACUCUGACAUUUUCAAUACCGAUAAUAAACAGAUAGUAGAUGAUGAUAUAGCUGCUAACGAUAACAAUGUUUCUUCCACUGUUGUCAGCCUAUUCAAAGGUCAUGUUAAACUCAAAUCUAAAGCAUUUCAGGGAAUUGAACGAAACAACCGAAAAAUUCUUUCUUGUGAGAAAGUAAUUGACAAUUUGGAAAAUUUUGACAGGAUUGCGUGUGUAUCUGACGAAUCUACACAUGUGGCGCGACAUGAGUCGCAGAUAAUUGGUGAUGAUGUUGUUUCUGUGGAUGGACAUGUUAAAGUGAAGCAGAAUCUAUUCGAAACUCUUCCUGUUGGUGUUUUAUAUGAGCAUGGACAAACACACAGCUCUCAGAUUGUAACAAGAGGAAGACGGAAAUCGAAUCUAGGUGAAGUUUUGACCGAGUUUAAUACAAAACCACUGAGUGAGAUUAAUGAAAAGGGAAUUGAUGCACCACUGAAAGACGAGGUCGACUUUGAUGUUUCUGAAAUGGUGAAGUCAUUUAAGAGUCAUGAGAAGAAUGAAUGGCAAGAUGCAAAGAAAUAUGAAUUGCAUGGAUCUCAGAGGGUUGAUGAAGAUAUUCCACUCGAUAACAAACUUGUUAAAGAAAAUGCGGAGAAAUUUGAACAGAGUAAUUUUCACAAUGAAACCGGUUAUUACUCAUCCCAAGCCAUGACAGAAGAUGAAAAAAUUGCUUCUGUUGGUUUGUUUGGUUCAAUGAAAGGACAAUUUGAAACUCGGCCUCUUGAUUUUAUAGGACUUGAUGACAGAACAGAAGUUCAUCAGUCACAGGUCAUCGAUGACAUUGACACCUGCAGACCAAGAUCUGGAGAACCUGAAGAUUUUGUUCUGUCAGAACCUCACUCUUCUCAACAAACAAACUAUCAUGAAGAUUUAAUGAAUGGCUUGACACAAGUUCGUCAAAAACGUCGUGAUUAUUACGAUCGCUGUAAUUCACCAGCCAGGUGCAUGAGCAGAGAGUUGUUGGAAGAUUCAGAGGUUCUUAAUUCACCUACUAUGUCUGGAAUUGUAAAAAAUACAGCUAUAAUGUAUUUGGAAGAAGGCUCUUCUAAUCAUGCAAAAAGACAGCAAGUACAUUUCAGUAGAGAUGCUCUUGUAAAACCACUCAGAAAUAAAUUUGAAACCAAUACAAUAUCACAACUUGGUGAAAGAUCAGAUCUUCAUCCAUCUCAGCAAAUUGACAGCGUUAAUGGACUUUCAGAAGAAACUCAACGACAACAUUCAUGUGAAUCUGUUGAACGUCCUGGUCUUCAUACAUCACAGAUUAUCGAUCCAACAGAGUAUUCUGCAAUAAAAUCCAACGUUGGGGCAAAAACAUUUGCUUUCACAAUGGCACCACUUGCACCACAAGCAGAUAGUUCAACAACUGAUUCUGAAUUGAAAAACAUUCAAGCAGAUUACAACAUUGGACAAAAAAGAGAAGCAUUUGAAUCUUGUCACGUAUCUAAUCCUAUCACAUUACACCCAUCACAAAUCGUUGGACAUGAUAUUUGCAUAAUUUCAAAUAAAUCUAAAAACAUUUCCUCUGGUACAAAAGAAAAUGAAGUUCUCUGUGAAUCUGAUGAUGCAACCACAAACUUACCACCAGAGAGCUGUUAUAAUGCCAAGAAAUAUAAGCGUGUAAAUUCAAGAGCAUCCGAGAGUUCUGUAAAAUCUGAAAUUGAUGAAAAAGAUUUCGAACUUUUGUUAAACUAUACUCCAGUUGUGAAACAAGAACUUCCGUCAAUGGUAACAGUGAUGACAAAAGGUGUGCCAACUGAACUUAUUGAAUCUGGCCAUCCAAUUCUUACAGAAUAUGUGCUAGAUGACAGAAGAAAAAGAAUUUCAGUUGGUUCGCGAAGCUCUACUCCUGUUUCUAAGCCAUCUACAAGUUCAAGACCACGCCUGAACACCAGUGCUUUACGUACGCACUCGCUUGAUAGAGUGAACUUAUCUCACCUCCGUUCUGAAACUCCCACUCCUGAUGGAAAGUGUGUUCAAGAUUUCAAACAAUUACCUCCAAAGGAUUUUGUUUUUCAAGAUGACAAAAAUGCAAUGGUAAUUCCACAAUCUCCUCUGACAAACAGCCCUCCUUUGCCUUCGUAUCCUGAGGGCUCUUUCCUGGUAUCCAAUGAAGAUUUUGUACAACAACCUUUCCCUCCACCACCUGCAUUUGAUGAUCAGGAAUUCCGAAAUGCUCAGAGUAAAAGUAGAAAUAUGACUAAUUGUCAGGAAUUGGUUUAUGAUACUGCAAGAGAAAGCCUUGACAUGGAUGGUAAUUGCCCAGAUUUUGUGGAAGAAUAUAUCUACGACACUGCAAUAGAGAGUGGAUGUGACACUUCGGAUUGCCCUGAUUUUGUUGAAGCAAACCCUCGUGCAACAUGUUCAUACCCUGACUUUGUUAUUGGUCAUGAUGAUGGUGCAACAAUCGAGAAUGCUGCAAAUAAGAACAACAUAAUUCUCGCUUCUGAUGCUGAGCUUUCGUUCUGGACAGUCGAUCAAGAAAAUUUUUUGAAGGAAAAAUUCAGCAAACACAGCAGUCGCCAACUAACAUCAUCGGCUGAUUCUAUCAAUGCAUUUCUCCACAUACGAGAUGAUCAUUUGAAUCGCAAAAUAUCUGCAGUUACUGUAGAUUCUUAUCACGAAAGUGAUGAUCAGUGGGAUCAUGCAUAAUAUCUUGCAGCUUCAUUAUUUUCCCUUCUUUCUCUACUUUUUCAUUUUCAUGCAUGUUUUUUAUAUUUUCUUUCCACAAUUUUUAUCCAUGCCUAACAAGUUUUAACAGGCAUGAAUGAACCGUGAGCCUGUUGUGGAUGUUUACCCGACCCUUGACCCCAAAAAAAUUCUCGCUAUACUUUACUAUCGCAAAAUUUUGGAUAAUUGUUUCAAUAUUAUUUGGAUAAUUAUGUUUUGGAGAAUUGACACUUACCAACUGAUUUACGUGCUCAAAACCAUUAUUUUUAUUAAAAUGUACAACAAUGUGACGCUUACAUGUACUGAUAGCACAUUUUAGCCUGGUCUAUCGCAGCUUUUCCGGGACUAAUUUUUGAUUCUUGCAUCUAGACUAAAGCCCAUCGGUAGACAUAAUGACAAUUGAAAUACUUUACAUAUACAACUACCUAACUUUUGAAACACGACUAAAAACUGACAAAUAACUUGUACCUGCAAAAACGAAGCAAUGUUUACAACCAUGCUUGAAUAUUUGUCUGAGCAAACAAAGUGUCUGAGCAGAAGAGCUGAUUGGUUAUUGUUACAGAAAUAAACAAGGAAAUUAAUGCUGGGGAAACAUCCAUUGCCCAAUAAUAUGAUGAUGUGCACAAAGCAAUGCUUUUAAUAUUUGAGCAAUUGAUGGACUAAGACUUGUAAAUUGAAACCAAUAGAAGGGCCCCCAUGAGAGUUGAACAUUAUGGGAUCCCCAUAAGGAAUUGCUGUAUUUUACACUUUUUUUCAAACUUAUUUUAUCCUACAUACGCUAACACAAUGUUUUUAUUAGGCAAAUGAUUUGUAUAUUAGUAGUACAUGGAAUUCAAAUGUCUCUCCCACACAGAAAGUUUAAUGUAUUAUUAUUGCCACACAUGAAAAUACUUCCUUUUGCAUCAUUAUUCUAUUCUGGUAGGUGUACAAGAAUAUAUAUACAUUGCAACUUGUAAUUUACCUUUUUGAACUGAACAGACUAUUAUUAGUUAUGUGUUUAAAAUGAUGAGAAAUAUUUUGAAAUAACUUGUAAGUGUGGAUGCAAAGACUCUUUAUCACACUGUAGAAAACACAUUUUUCCUAAUAAAAAAUAUUCUGUUAACAUUCGGUUUAUUCAAUGUGUGGAGAAGUAAAUUAUCUUUGCUACAUUUUGUUACCGCUGAAAUGAAAGCAUAUUAAAUUUAUUGCCAAAA